UCUUUCAGUUUUAGCCCUUCCAAGCCAGAGCAAGAACAGAGCAAAAAGGUGACACUGACCCUGAUAUUCAUCUUUUAAAGAUUCUCCUUUGUUAAACAAUCAAAACCCUACUCGUCAGUGGGUUCAUUAGAGACCAAAUAAACUAAAUUGAAAUCACCAUUGAAGGUUCUUCUUUUUUUGGUCUUUUGAGCCACUUGUAAUUUAACUACGAGGCAGAAUUAGACGUGACAUAUAGAAGCAUGGUUACUGCCCAGCAUCCAAAGAGGAGAGUGGCAUUUAUCCUGAUUGAUGGGUUGGGUGAUGUAUCAUUGCCAAGGCUUGGAUACAAGACUCCUUUGCAAGCAGCAAACGUGCCUAACUUAGAUGCUAUUGCAUCUGCCGGAGUUAAUGGCCUUAUGGACCCUGUUGAAGUAGGCUUGGGUUGUGGAAGUGACACUGCUCACCUUUCUUUAUUAGGUUAUGACCCACGAGUGUACUACAAGGGUCGAGGAGCCUUUGAGUCCAUGGGUGCUGGAUUGGCAAUGUCUCCUGGCGAUAUUGCAUUCAAAUCAAAUUUUGCAACAUUAGAUGAGGAAACUGGAAUAGUCACCAGUAGAAGGGCUGACAGGCAUUUUGAUAAAGAAGGGCCAAUUCUCUGUGCAGCUCUGGAUGGAAUGAAGUUGCCGUCUUUCCCGGAAUAUGAAGUCAGAGUCAGGUAUGCCACAGAACAUAGAUGUGGAGUGGUGGUGAAAGGGCCAAGACUGAGUUGUAAUAUAUCAGGAACAGAUCCACUGAAGGACAACCGCUUACUUCUUCAAGCUGAAGCCUUAGAUGACACUGAUGAGGCAAGACAUACAGCUGCAGUUGUUAAUGAGUUAUCCAGGGAGAUAUCUCGUAUUCUGGUUUCUCACCCAUUAAACGCAAAACGAGCAGCAGAAGGAAAGAAUAUUGCUAAUGUUGUCCUCUUACGAGGAUGUGGCAUUCGAAUUGAGGUUCCUUCUUUUGAAAAUAAACAUGGUUUAUGGCCAUGCAUGGUAGCUCCCACUAAAAUCAUAGCUGGUUUAGGGCUAUCAUUAGAUAUUGAUAUCCUAGAAGCUCCUGGAGCAACUGGAGAUUAUCAAACACUUUUGACUUCCAAAGCAACGGUCAUAGCUAAGGCACUCUCAGCUCCAUUGGCGCCUUCUCCCAAUGUAUUUGUACCAGGGGAGGACGAGCACAAACCAGGACAACCAGAUGGCUAUGAUUUUGGGUUUCUCCACAUUAAGGCAAUAGAUGAUGCAGGCCAUGACAAGGCAAGCAUUUUGAAAGUUAAAGCAUUGGAAGCUGUGGAUCGAGCUAUAGGCCAGCUGGCCAAGCUCCUCUUGCAGGCAGAAUCAACUGGAAAGUUCCAGUACUUCCUUUGUGUCACUGGAGAUCACUCUACACCAGUUGAAUACGGAGACCAUAGUUUUGAACCAGUUCCAUUUUCCAUGUGCCGGUUGAGAGAUUUUGUGGGUGCGGUAGGUGGAGAGUCUAUCAUAAUGGAAACUUCCCUUGAUCCAUUUCCUCUUCCAGUUGUUAAGGCUGGUGAAAACCUAGUGGAAACUGAGAGCGCAGAAAAGGAGAGGAGCAGCAAACAGCUUAAAGCUUUCAGUGGUGAUUCAGUUUGUGAACUUAGUGAGAUAGCAGCAGCAAGAGGAUGCCUUGGACGGUUUCCUGGGGGACAAAUGAUGGGUAUUAUCAAGGCAUUUCUUGAACUAAAUGCUUGAGCUGCUUCUCUACAAACUUCCAGCGGGCCUGGGGUUCUGAAUAAGAUUUAAUAAAGCUGCUGGGAGUUGUACGAUUGAGAAGCAACAUUGGCACGAGAGGAGUUUUCACAUUGUAAUUUACUAAUUUGAUUAGUUCUAAUAAAACAAUGUGCGACUAGCAAAUGAUUUUUUCUUUCUCUGUUUUUGGGGAGGUCCAAAUGGUCUUCGAUAUAUAGAAGAGUCGUCAUUUUCGCCA